AUGUCGCAAAUUGCGUCUCCGCGGGGCUGCGCGAGCUCUCCGGAUUCCACGGAGCGUCCAGCCGUCGCGUCUUCUCGACGCGAAGCGUUUUCAUGGCGCCCGGCGCAAAACGAAUGGACGUCAUUCUCGCCUCAGGAGAGAGCGGACGGCCUAAAACGCCUUAGCGACUCGAUCCCUAAUCCGUCGUUCGCUGUCGAGUCAGUAGCAUCGUAUCGCCUCCUCGACAGCCUGUACAAGCCCGCGGAUCAUGCCCUUGUUGUCCUCGGUUCCGUCCAUUCCUCCGCGCCUGGCGCGGCUGAGUCUGGAAGUGACAAAAACGGGGGGAGAUUCCUCACUUUCUGGGACCAGAUUUUGCCAUCUGAAGACGCUUAUAACGAAGAUUGCUCCAAAUGGGGUCUCAGCUGGCUGAUGUGGCAAACACGCGACGCGAAUGGUCUCCCCGCGAAAAGGGUUCCGUUCACUGCUAACGUUUCCGUCGAUUCCGUCGAUUCAGCCGUUUCCGCCGGCACCUCCGUCUCUCCUGACCUCGGAACUGCAGCGACGGCGUCAGAACAACCGGCAGCAGAACUGGCGAACGACGUGACUCCAGACGCUCUCAGAAUGGACAACGAUUUCGGGCACCUGGACGAGGUCAAGUCAGCGCAGAGUGGCAACGAGGAAGCUACUAACGAGGACAAGCAGCAGACGCUAGGAAAAAAUGAGGAGCCGCGGCAGUCAGAUGUGAUUUUCUACGUCCAGACGGCGUGGAGUGCGUUCGUGUCUGCUCUCGCGGCUGAUGACGUGGCAUCGGCCUCGUCUAUCCUGUUUGGUCCCGAAGCUGUGACGCUCAUGGCUCCUGGUGCUGACAGCGUGACUCUUGCGACGGAACAGGAGAAGGCAAACCUGAUUGAUGAAUUGAAGGCGUCCCACGUGUCGCUGUCGGUGAUGGUGGAGGAAGUCGCACUGCUGCAAGGGAGUGAAACCAAGCAGGGCUCAGGAUUGACCAUCAGCGCACUCGUCAGGUCAACAUACAGCGUUGCAAAUGCCCAAGGCAUAGAUGUGGAGCAUGGAAAGAGAGUGGAGCUAUGGCGGGCGAGUGCUACUAAUGGGCGAGAGUGGCACUUGUCAUGGUCCAUGUGGAAUGGCAACGGGCAUGUGCUUACAAAGGAGGAGGCUCUGCAUCCGGAGUGGGGCGUCAGCUGGCUGAUGUGGCAAAACCGCGGGACCAAGGAUCAACCCAAGAGGGUUCCGUUCACUGUUUCUAUUUCUGCGGAUUCCGUCGUCCCUCCUGACGGCGCAGCGGAGCUUUCGGCGGCAGCGCAAGCGGCGACAACCGACGUCCCUGACGUUCUAAUGAUGGACAAGGAUUUCGGACAUUUGGACGCAGUUAAGGUGGCGCAGAGCCAGAACGAGGAGGUCAAAACGCAGCCCGCAGUGGCCUCCAGCGAGAACCAGGAGGCAAAGAAGGAGCCGCAGCAGGCGGACGUGCAUUUCAACGUCCAGACGGCUUGGAGUGCGUUCGUGUCUGCUCUCGCGGCUGAUGACGUGGCGUCGGCCUCGUCAAUCCUGUUUGGUCCUGAAGUUGUGACGCUCAUGGCUCCUGGUGCUGAAAGCGUGACUCUUGCGACGGAGCUGGAGAAGGCAAACCUGCUCAAUGAAUUCAAGGGAUCGCACCUAUCGCUGUCCGUGAUGGUGGGGGAAGUAGAAGUGUUGCAAGACGAAGGCUCCAAGUCUUUCGCCGCCCUCACGCGAUCGACCUACACCAUUGCUGACGCACAAGGUGUGGAGAUUGAGCACGGAAAGAGGGUGGAGCUAUGGCGCCCAAGUGGUACUAACGGGGGAGGGUGGCACCUUGUGUGGUCCAUGUGUAACGAUAAUGGCCCUGUGCUUAGUAGGGAAGAGGCCAUGGCUGCCUACCAGAACGACAAAUUUGUCCGUCAAGAUGACCCAGUGACCUCGAAUUCAUAG